UUCUGUGUAAACGGAAGUGAACAGGUGACUUAGAACCAUUUCCAAGCUAACGUUUUUAUUGUUGUUAUUUGGACGUUUAUUAACGCAAUGGAACCUUAAAAUAUGAUCCAUUUAACUGCACAGCAUCACAUACUUACCUCAUGUAGUCUUUAAUUCGCGUUGGAGAUAGGACUUGAUAUAUGUUAUGUAGGUAAUGCUAGCUAGCUGCAAAAGUUAGCAAACAAUGGCUAACUGUAUGGUUUUUCACACUCAAAUAGCCUCCAUCAUGGAGGUGCUAGCGAAUGCAGCAGUGGCAGAGAUCUGUAAAAUCGUAGACGACGACUAUGCAGUGUUUCGUUUGGAAAUUUCUCAAAGCCAGAAAGAAAACAGGGGACUGCGGAGGAAGCUACAGCUAUCGGAACUAAAGGUGUCACGGGAGCGCGCAGAGAGGACAAUUCGAGAGCGCGUCCUCGCCAGUCGUCCCAGUAGUGUCAAGAUCCUCGACCGAUACAGAGGAAUGGCAAGAGGUGAAGGACAUCUCACUGGAGGCCACAGGAGCUUUGUGAAGCCAGCGGGACACAAUACAUGGGGAGAUGACCAACCAAUCACUGAUGAGGGGAGUGGAACCUCAACCCAGCACGUUAUCAUGAUAGAGUCUACAGAUGCAGAGACUGCAGGUCCUGGGGUCAAGCAGGAGAGGUCUGAAGGAGAGGAGGACCCACGGCACAGUAGAAACAUCCAGACUGGAACGGCUGGAGUGCACACUGUAGACACAGAGAACCCCAUUGCCACAGUGCAGCCCAGGACCCAACGCAGCAUCACGGAGGUCAGAGACAGACACAAGUCAGAGACAGACACAGAGACUUUAACUGUAACACAAAGCCUUAUACUCACAGGAUCUGACCACAGAUCAGACCCAGAGAGACUGGGGCUGGGGCCACUGGGAUGUCCUCCUGCUCCUGGCUCAGAGUACUUACUUUACGGUAACCCGAACAUGAGGGCUGUUAAUUCCCAUCUGGACUCAGGUGAUGUGUUAGAGACUGGCAAUGAUCCGUCUUGUUCUUACGCUACAGAGAUGGACCCUAGCAACAUGCGAUUGGGUUUAGAGACACACACUGAUCUGUCUAGAGGGGACUGGAACCGGUACAGUAGUAGUGUAUACUCCGAAGGGUGCCUAGAUAAGAAAGGGGAGGGUCUGCUCAUAGAUGAAGUGACUGUGAAAGUGGAGGGUGACCCUCCUCCCAUAUGGAAUGCAGAUAGUCAGCUAGGAGACAGACACUCACAGGGCAGAGAUUUCUUAGAUUACAGGGAAAGCUUAGAGACCAAUCAAAAUGUUGUGACCCAUUCCCCUUUGCACGCACUCAGGGAUCACGACCCAGUGUCAACGUCGAUGGGGCAUUCCGAUUCACACAGCCGCGUCCUUUUCGAUCAGGUAUUGAACUCAAAAGACAGGCCUAGAGCCCAGGUUCAGGGAGGGGGAGAAACAUCAGGCGGUAUUAAAGAGAAACCGUUUCUCUGCAUGUUCUGUAACAAAGGCUUCAGCUGCCCCCAGAAGGUGGAGAUCCACCAGAGGGUCCACACAGGGGUGAAACCCUACAGCUGUAACCAAUGUCACAUGCGCUUCGCCCAGGCUGGCAACCUGAAGAGGCACCAGAUGGUUCACACAGGAGUGAAACCCUUCAGCUGUCCCCAGUGUCCCAUGUGCUUUGCUCAGGCCGGUGACCUGAAGAGGCACCAGAGGGUCCACACAGGGGAAAAACCCUACAGCUGUACCCAGUGUCCCAUGCGCUUCGCCCAGGCUGGUCACUUGAAGAUGCACCUGAAGGUCCACACUGGAGAGAGGCCGUUCGCCUGUACACACUGCGGGAAGAGGUUCUCAGAGAGAAGCUACCUCAGGAUACACCAGCAGAAAAAACAUUCCACUCUAUAACAGAAAGUAACCAUUCCAAUCGAUAGCUUCUGAUGUUUAGAUCAAAUCCUGCAUUAAAGACUAAGAUACAUUUUCAUUGAUGUCAAUCAAAAAUAGCCACAGAUACAUUUGGAAUAAUGAGAGUAACGGAUUUCAGUGUUUAAUAAUCCUGAGUAGAAUAUUGCAUCCAGACAUUGUGAUACACUGUAUAACCCUAAACAAGUCUGAUAGAUAGUGUUUGUACUGUGUCGGAUAUAAGAUGUUCACAAAUGCCUGUUUCAUUACUUCCAUUCAACAAUUUUUUUCCCAAGACACUUUUAAUGAGAAAAUGAAUGCAGUUUAUCGAAUUCAUGCAGAUUUUUUGUUGAGAAGUAUGUGGUUUUCAUAUGGUGUAUUUCAAGACUUCCUCCCGUGAUUAAACUUUUCCUGUUGUAAAGUGAUAUCGCAAGUAUAAAUACAAUGUUGAACAAUACAAUGUUUUGAACAAAAGUUUUUUUUUUGACACAACUGCAAACUUCAUGGAGUAAGGCAUUCAAUGAGUUGGUUUGAUGGGAAGUUGUGAUGCCAUUGGCCUAGUGAACAAAAGAAGAAAGGCCUAACCCACCCACUUGUGCUAUGUCCUGGACCACCUAUUAAGAUGUGCCUUUUUGCUAAGUAAAUCAGGUGUUAAGAGGUGAAAAGGAGACUGGAGUGGCACCUUAACACUUGUUCAUGUUUAAUAAACACAAAAUGGGACUUUUCAUUCUAAGACUCAUUGAGACUCUCUUUAGUAUACAUCCCAUCUCACCCUAUUCUGCAUACAUCCAACAGUGCUUUAUAACCAUUAUACACUUACUAAAUAUACCUACACAUACCCACACACUAACAAACACCUACUGUACACCUCAAAAUAGUUAAGUCAGGUUUGUCUGAUUAUGACUUUUGACUUAUCAUAGCUGACUUAUUUUUACCCACAACAACAUUCAUGUCCACCAUGAUGGGUUUAACAACAAUGAAGUCAUUCUGUAACUACAGUAUAGGACUCAAGCGUAGUGGGGAUGGGUAAACACUCCAUGUUGAAAGUGUGUUUAUCUGUGUGUGUGUACCUGAGGGAGUGUAUGUCUGUGUAAUCUG